CCCUCCUCGACGCAACCUCCUCGGGAUGGCGGCGAAGAGAGCCAGCGCCCGCGCGCGGCCCAACGUGCUGGUGACCGGGACGCCGGGGACGGGGAAGACCACCACCUGCGCGCUCCUCGCCGACGCCGCGGCCGUCGCCCACGUCAACAUCGGCGACCUCGUCCGCGACAAGGGCCUCCACGACGGGUGGGAUGAGGGCCUCGAGUGCCACGUCAUCAACGAGGACCUGGUUUGCGAUGAGCUUGAGGACAGGAUGGAAGAAGGUGGCAUGCUUGUAGAUUACCACGGAUGUGAUUUCUUUCCAGAACGUUGGUUUGACCUUGUAGUUGUACUUCAAACUGACAACUCAAUACUGCAUGAUCGCUUGACAAGCAGAGGUUAUAUGGGUGCCAAGCUCACAAACAACAUCGAGUGUGAGAUUUUUCAAGUGCUUCUGGAAGAGGCGAGGGAUAGCUACAAAGAGGAUCUGGUGAUGCCAUUGCGAAGUGACAAUGUCGAGGAUAUCAGUAGGAAUGUGGGUACAUUGACAGAUUGGAUAAACAAUUGGAGACCACAAUCCCAGUGAGCUAGUUCAGUCAUAUGUUUUAUCCCAGUGAGCUAGUCCAGUCAUAUGUUUUCAGUAUGGAGUUGGACUGCUUGAGGAUUGUGUUGUCUGGAAUGCUGAUUGUAAAUUAGCAUAUUUGGAUUUUUUCCAUGUUCAAAAUUUGGAAACAUAACCUCGGUGUUUAAAGCUUAGCAUCAAAGGUUGUCCGUCGCCCUCA